AUGAAGGCAAAUAAUGAUGAACCAAACAUGGAGGAUGCCGAACUAAUGCGGCAACUCCUUUCCACUAUACCCGUGGCCCGGAUGAGCUUUCUUUCCAAGCAAUGGGAAGGCCUUAGGUCUUCAGUUUUUGUACUCGAUUUUAAUGAGGGCAACGUUCAUCAUAACUUUGAUGAUCAAAGUCAAAGAAACUUCAUCAAAGAUUGGGACUGGUAUUUAGAUCAAUUCCGUGAGAAUGACAAGCAGCUCUUAUUCAAAUUCAAGCUUCACAUGAGGUACUUCGAUGGAGACCAAACUAUUGUAUGUAAGUGGUUAAACUUUGCAAUCGAGAGAGGUGUCAACGAGUUGGAUAUCAGCCUUCCAAAGGAAAACUGGGAGGACAAGGUAGAAUGCAAACCAAACACGAAAUAUUUCAGCCGCAUACCAGAUAAGUUCUUCUCCUUACCUUUAGAAACCAUUGGUAAUGCUGCAAAAUCUCUAACUAGUUUAAAUUUGGAGUAUGUGGAAAUAAAUCGUCAGUGGAGAUAUUCUGUUGAUAUAACCCUUCCAUCCUUGAAAAGUUUGUCCAUGAAGAAAGUAGAAUUGGAUAACUUCACUGAUUUCUUCAAACAUAACUUCAAGUGCCCUUCCAUCGAGACUCGAGUACUUGUCAUUAACGUCAUGUAA